AGAAAAGUCAUUAUAUGCAUUUAUUGUUGUUGUUCUUAAUCUACGUCUAAAGAUGCUUUUCUCAUCACGGAAGACGUUGUCAAAGGCGCUCUCUCCUUACGCGCAGGCCCUCAAGCAGGUCGCGCUGAAAGGUUCUGUGGCCAUGGGUCCCAGCGCGAAGGAGAUGGAGAUAGAGAUGUACCGAAAAGGUACUCUCCCUGCGGAUUACCGCCCUCCUGUGCAGGGGAAAUGGGAUGACACAAUCGAGCGCUGGGCGUACGCGUGGCAGUUCCCGGCAGAGGAGGAGUACGACGACACCGUCUCUUCUGUGGAAAAGAACGAUGUAGCGAUGCAGCAGCUGCUCGAAUUUGGUGAUCGCCUUGUCAGCUCUCCUCCCUCCAACGUUCCUCGAUCUGGACGCUUCUCCUCCACGUACGCGGCCCUGAACGCAGGAAACGGGCAUCAGCUUCAGCAGCCACAGCCUCUGCUCACUGCUUCACAGAAGUACGAUGCCCUUGAGGAUGACAUCAAAGAUUUGACUGCGGCAGAGGAAACGGAGACCCGACCGAUAAUGGCUGUAGAGCAGUUCUCGAGGGAAACAAACAUUCCCAUCGCCUACCUCGAUGAUGAAUCGGAGAGAACCAAUGCGAGCAAGGAGUUGAGUGUUAUUCUUGCUGGAGCAGGACUGGACCUCACUGAGGAAGGUCUCGUGGUAGCGCUGUCGGCCCUUUCACGGCAACAUUAUUAUGAAGCUGCGCGCGCCAUUUUUCGCUUCGCCAGCGAGGUCGGACUCGGCCCAAACGCGGAAAUGUACAAAUCUCUCAUGCAACACUUCUCGUCCAACGGAAACGCGAACGAGUCGAUGGCGCUUGUGGAAGAGAUGAAGAGCAAUGGCAUAACGCCUCGUAUUGGAAACUGGCACGAGCUUAUGCGCGCCUUCCACAAUGCGCGCGAUUACCCCGCAGUGUCGCACAUCAUUGAUAACAUGAAGAUGUACGCCAAUAUUGAGCCAAACGAGGUGACUUUUGCGCUGCAACUGCGUGCGCUGGGCAAAGAUACCUCGCAGAUGAAUUCGUUGGCCGAAUCGGUGCAGCUUUUUGAUCAGAUGGAAAACGUCUACGGCUACAUUGCAGCGCGGCCCCACUACGACGCCCUCAUGUUCUCACUGAGUCAGAGCCCUGUUCCCGAGAUGCGGCUCCGCUGCGAGGAGCUGGCACAAAAAAUGGACUUGAUGGGAAUACCGUGGAACGCGACGACGUACCUGAACCUCAUUCGCUCUGCCCAAGUGGUGGGGGACGUCGAAAGCGUGGAGAAGUAUCUGGCCAAGAUGCGCGAUGAGCGCAUUCCCGUCAAUUUAAUGCACCUCUCCUGGGCCAUUCAAGCGCACGUGCAGCACCUUAUCCGUGCCAACUACGAGCAGAUGAAAGAGGCGAAAACGGACAUUUACGCGAGCUGGCUAGAUCGCAUGGAUACCUGCUUCGGGAUUUACGAGCUGGUCGUCCGGCGAGGGUGGGAGAUGCAAACUCCCUUCGUGAACGCCCUACUGCGGCUGUGCUGCCAGACCGCCAUCCUCAGUGUCGAGCACCUGGCUGACAACGCCACCGCGAUUGGUAAAUUUGAGGAGCAAGCGAACAAAAUAUGGACAAACACUUUUGAUGAGUGGCACCUCAAGAAGGACGUGUACAGCUACGAGUGCUACAUUGCCUUAUUGGCGCACCAGCAGCGCAUCGACGAGGCCGAGAAGCUGUUCCAGCAGAUGGUCCUUCAAGAAGAUCUCGUGCCUAGUCGCCGCACGUACGAGUGCCUGAUCUUUAUGCACCUUUCGUCGGGCGAGGAGGGCGGGGCGGCACGCGCUCUGCAUUACCUCGAGGCCAUGGAAAAUGCGCGCAUUCCGGUACGUGCGUCGCUCCUCAAGAAGAUUGUCCGUGUAAACAACGCGGCGGGGUACAAACGCGAUAUGAAGCGGCGUGCCCGCCGAAUCAUGCAGGCUCGAGAAGAGUAUCUCGCGCGCAAGCAGGAGGGUGUGGACUUCCCUUUACAACCGUCUCCAACUCCGUCGCCGCCCACCGAGAGCGAGGCGGCGGCGGUCGCUCAGCCUCUACCCGUCCCAGUCAACACCACACUGGCGUGGUGGGAAGAGUGGAAGAAGAACACCAUCAGUAAGCACGAGUUAUUUGCGGAGGAGAACGCGGAUGGCACGCCGAGAGGCGAAACCUUUGAGGAGAAGAACGCGGCACUCGCACGGAUGGGCAUCGACUCUGUUUUCAAAACACCAGCUGAUGUACCGGCAUUGCACAAACAGAAGCUGCUUCCCAAGAUCCGCAAGGAGGAGGGCGAAGUGGCAGGUGGCCUGUGGGCCCUAGACGGUGGGGAGCUCGCAUACCCCAAGGACGGCGGCGGCCCAGAAGGGUGGGGCGUGCGUUUGUGGCGCGAACGGGCUCUCGUCAAGAAGGAAUUCCAAGCCGUCUUAGAUGGCAAGGCUGCUGUUCCGGAGUUCUCCGAGGCUGGCAAGGCAGUGCGCGUGGCUGGUGACCAGCUCGACAUUGAGGAGAGUAACGCCUCCACACCAGGCGAGUUGGCCGAUUGGCGGUCCUACCCGCAGCACCGCUACGACGAUGGGACUGCAAAGCCGGCAAGUGAAAUGGUACAGGCUGUGUCGCCCUCUGCGGAGUUGGUUUGGCAGGGCGAGCAGCGGGACUCCCUCGCACCGUACAAAAGUGACGACGAAGUUGCCCUCGAGUCGGACAACGUCUUUUAUUCGCAGCUGCAGGACGAGGCUGCAAGCAAGACCGAUGCUCUUGUCGACGUACUCAAGAACAAGGAGGAGAACGCAGUGGAGCUUAUCGGACAUGGACCGACACGCAAGUCAAAGUACGACUACCUUGAAAAGUGGAGGGAGAUGUAUCGUCACGGGACGCUCGAAGCACCAGAAACGCCUCCGCUACGUUUUGGCCGCUCCCCAGACGAUCAUCAUGACUCGUUGGCUGCCACCGUUCGUGACUGGUACAAGCGCAACCGCAAAACGCCUGCCACGGAGGCACAGCUGCGACGCUGGGGGUCGGAGGAAAUCCGCGACGCGGACGCGCGCUUCUCCAAGAAAGCGUUGCAGCAGAAUAAGCGCCGUCGGGCUCGCCGCCGAAAGUAA